GUGGAGCUCUGAAACCGGAAAUGACCGCCCGAGUCCACCGUCUCCACUUUCUAUUCCAUGGCUGGUUGCUGAUUUAGGAAACAGGCUUUCCACGUCGUCUCAAAGCAAACUGCGAAUAUGACGAAUGUGUACUCCUUGGAUGGCAUCCUGGCUUUUGGGCUGCUGUUCGUCUGCACGUGUGCGUACCUCAAGAAGGUGCCUCGCCUCAACAGCUGGCUGCUGUCGGAGAAGAAGGGAGUGUGGGGCGUCUUCUACAAAGCUGCGGUGAUCGGGACGCGGCUGCACAUCGCCGUGGCUGUUUCCUGCUUGCUCAUGGCGUUCUACGUGGUCUUCUUCAAAUGAUAAUCCGCCCGGGACCGGACCCUGGACCGGACUCUGGACCAAUGAGAGCCCUCUGGCCCUGUGGAGCUAUGAGAAGGACUAGCCGGCGAUUGGGUCCAAAACUCCUCCCGUGAUAUUUUGUAUGCUCUACAGACAUUAAGGGCAUCCAGAAUCUUCUGGACGGUCGGGUCACAUGGUAUCAUUCUGUUUUAGGGUAACACUGUUUUGUUGUCUCCAUCCAAACCCCAUACAUAUUUACAUUGAAGGAUGCAGAAGAUGGAGGAGCAGUGUGUGCGUCAUACCUGCACACAGCCUACAAUGAGCCGGAAUGUAUAUAUUUGGACAAAGAUGUGACCGGUAGAGAUUUGCCAGGGUUCAGUGAAAAUUCUGAACUCUGCAUGCGCCCAGCUUUGCUGUUUCUUCUUCUUCUUCUUCUGUAUCACCUCUAACGUCGAGGGUGUAGGGAAGCCAAACAAAGCUAAUACAUAGAGAUGUUCCUGUGUACACUAUAUUUAACCUUUUCUCCACAGGGCCGUUUGGCAUCCCUUAAAGGAGCUAUUUGUCUGGGCCGGGAUCGCCUGUGACAUCACAAGCACGCACGGAGGUGGUAGGUGGCCUCGUGCACGUCAUGAACGCUGCUCCCCGUGCACGCUCGUCCUGGCUAGUGCACGGUGCAGAGCAGAGGGUCGUGUCACAGACGGAUUACAAUACAAACAGGAAGUGGGACCAGUGUCUGUAUUUAUGAAUGUGGGCUAUAGCUCCUUUAAGCUUUGCUUUAGGUUUGAAAUACACGUGUUUCACAUGUGUAUUUAGUAUUUACUCUGACAUCUAAUACUAUAACAUGUUUUAAAUGUCACACAAACAUGAAUUAUGAGACAUGCAGUAGUCAGAGUUCUACUGUAGAGCAUAAAGAAUAACUUGUGAAGAUUGGAUAUCCAUCCGACUUGCCUAAACAUUUAAAUAAUGUAAAAGCAAUGCCAAAUAGUGAUGGUGCUUCUUAUUCCAUCUUAAUUACAUAGUUAUUUUGAGUUUAAUUCUGCCACUUUAUUUUAAUUUUUGAAAGGAGUACAUUGUUCUGAAAGGGGAUGCAAUGCAAUUUUGAGUAAACAUUAUUCAGACAA